GGGAGCGGGUAUGGUGGAGGUGGAGGUGUGUGCGGAAGGCCGGCAUGAGGGCCGGCGUGAGGGCUUGGACUUUUGUGCGGGACGCGGAUUGGACGCUUGCUUGCGGAGAGCGGGGGAGCGGGGGUGGUGGGACCAGGCCCUGCGCGCGGUGCAGUUGGGUUCUGGACGUACACGGGGUGCAGGCGCAUCUUGGGCCGACUAAUGCGCUACGACAGUAUCGUCCGCCGGUACUGCACGACGACCCCCGGCCCCACCGUACAUCGGAAAGUGGCGCGGACGAUCGUGCAGUCGGAGGCGGUUUAUUCCGCGUCUAUUCUGGCGCAGCUCGUGCUCUACCUCACCCACUCGACCUACUUUCUUGUCGCGGGAUACAUCUUUCCCCCACUUGUUGGCAUCUCGUUCACGCUGAUCAUCACCCACGUUGGGUUCGACGAUAUCAUGGGCCAGCUGGAGGAGGUUGACAGGCCGGAGCGCGGCUUCUAACCCUCAUCACGCGAAGUUUAAGCAUCCAACCCGUCCGCGACGUAUCUUUGUGCAUGCUAUCGG